GAAUCGUUUCAGUCUCGCCAUGCUCAGAACCGCCGUUGUUGGAGCUACCAUCGCCGUCGCCAGCGCCUUCGCCCCCGCGCCAGCCCUCCGCUCCCCCGCGGGCGGUGUCUCCAUGCAGAUGGAACGCCGUGAGGCCAUGACCGCUGGAGCUGCUGCUGCCGCCGUCUUCGGAGGAGCCGCCGCUGCCAACGCCAUCCCCCUCGGAACUCAGAUCGCUGGCAAGGGCCAGGUUCUCAUGCGCGCCAACUUCUACGCCCCCGAGGUCACCAUCUUCGAUCACCGUGGAUGCAACCGUGCCCCCAAGGAGUACAAGGGCGGCAAGACUGGCGACCAGGACGAUGAGAUGUUGGUCCGCGUCAAGUCCGUCAAGGUGUUCUGCCCUGAGGCCGAGGCUGCCAAGGUUCUCGCCAGCACCCUCUCCGUCCUCAAGAAGAAGUAAACAGAUGAUUGAAUAUAGUUGAAAUAAACUUCCAGAACCACUGAA